AUGCCGUCUAAACUGCCUUCCACUUUUUCGUGUAUACAGAUUAUCACACCGAGGUCAUCACCCGUACUAACAGAUGGUCCCUACCCUGCAUAUAUAUCUACAUCAGAAUUCGAUCCAGUGGUUUACCGUGAAGAACUCAUACGAAAAGCUUACCUAUCGAAGUUCCCAUUGUACAUUGACCGACCUGACUACCUCAUCACUAUUGGAAAAGGUCACAAAACGUGUUCCACCAUCAGUGUCGAAGUCAAAGGCGAGGAAGACAAAAGUGGUCGACGUCGAAUGCCAUCUGCGUUUGCUGGGAUAACCUGUGCCGUCGUCAUUCUGUUUCUCAUAAUGUUUUACUUUUAUUUGAAUGGUUUUGUGAAUUUGUAA